ACUCAACCCACCCUGCUGUCCGGUUUCGUACACCUCACUUGAUCCUAUAUAUGAUUGAUUGCUUGCAUCUGAUCUUUGCUACGUCCUGGUGAAGUCCUCACACGCUGCCUGCCUCGAUCACUCAUAGUGGAAUUAUGAUAAUACGAAUACGUGUCUGAAUGCGCCCCAGGCGACUUCAUCUUUUCUCCGAUUGAACAAGUACAGCCUUCAGAAUUCUCCAUUAGAUUUCCAUUUUCCAUUUUUCUAUCUGUCCUGUGCUUUGUGCUUUGUGUUUUGAUCUUUUCUUUUGUUGAAUCCGGCCAUGCCACAGGGUCCCAAACUCUCACUCGAGGAGCGGCGGAGAGGCGAGAUAGCCCUGAGUGAAUUUGCAGAAUAUGCAGAGAAGCAGCAGUCGCAUCGCUCGGCCCCGGUGGCCCCAAGCGAUAGCGGCUACUCGACCGCGAGCGUAGCCCAAGCCACCGAGGACCACGCGGAACUCGAUAUUCUUGACCAACUCACGCUAUCCGAUACCCCGAAGGCGGCCAAGUUGAAAGACCUGCUGCUCGGUACGGGUGACGAAGCAGAAGACAGUCUGCAGCUGCUGGGCAGUAUCCUGCAGGCCCGGAUUGACGAGGGCCAUGGGGAAACCAUCUUCGACUUGGGACUCGAGGAUGGUGGCGACUCCAUGGGCUUCGACCUGGAGCAGUGGAAUACGGCCCUGCAGCGUCUGCGGGAGGCGGCAGAGACCCUCCCGGCACAUUGUCGAAUCCUACUUACCUGCAAUGUGGGAGGCCCGGAGGAGUCGAAAACCAAGAAUGACCGGAUCAAGGGUGCUUGGGGCAAGAUCCUGAUCCGCCAACCUGCGGAUACUGUGGAGGAGAUGGCUGAGAUUAGAAUAGCGGUUGUUGGGAAUGUCGACGCCGGCAAGAGUACCAUGCUUGGAGUACUCGUCAAGGGGAAUCUCGAUGACGGACGAGGCAGGGCGCGGAUCAAUCUCUUCCGCCAUAAGCAUGAAGUCGAGAGCGGUCGGACCAGCUCCGUCGGACUGGAGAUCAUGGGCUUUGAUAGCCACGGCGAGAUUGUCGGCAGCUCGCAGGGUCGCAAACUUUCUUGGGAAGAGAUAGGAAAGCGAUCUGCGAAGGUGAUCUCUUUCUCCGAUCUGGCCGGCCAUGAGCGCUACUUGAGAACUACUGUCUUUGGCAUGUUGAGCAGCAGUCCCAACUACUGUCUACUGAUGGUCGCAGCCAACAACGGUCUGAUUGGUAUGAGCAAAGAGCAUCUGGGUAUUGCCUUGGCUCUGAAUGUGCCAGUCAUGGUGAUUAUCACCAAGAUUGAUAUCUGCCCUCCGCAGAUCCUGCAGGAGACCAUCUCUCAGCUGACCAAGAUUCUCAAGUCCCCGGGCGCUCGGAAGAUUCCCAUAUUCGUGAAGGAUAUGGAGGAGACCAUCAACACCGCAACUCAAUUCGUCAGUCAGCGCAUUUGCCCCAUCUUCCAAGUGUCCAAUGUCACCGGUGAGAAUCUGGAACUGGUACGGACAUUCCUGAACAUUCUUCCGCACCGGGGCCAAUACAACACAGAAGCGCCCUUUGAAUUCCUGAUUAAUGAUACCUUCUCUGUUCCUCAUGUCGGAACCGUGGUGUCUGGAGUGGCCAAGUCCGGGGUGAUCCAUGCUGGCGAUUCGGUGCUCGUGGGCCCUGAUUCUCUCGGCCAGUUCACCACGACUACAAUCAAGUCGAUUGAACGCAAGCGGAUCCAAGUGAAUGCUUGCUUUGCGGGACAGUCUGGCUCAUUUGCUCUCAAGCGUGUGCGUAGAAAAGAAGUGCGUAAGGGAAUGGUGGUUCUCAAGAAAUUGGAACAGCCUCCCAAGGUCUACCGUGAAUUUGUCGCUGAGGUUCUCAUUCUUUCCCACGCUACAACAAUCAAACCGAGGUAUCAAGCAAUGCUACACGUCGGCGCAGUGAGUCAGACUUGCUCGGUCAUCGAUAUUGACCGUCCCUUCAUUCGAACGGGCGAUCGAGCUCUUGUUGCCUUCCGAUUCAUCCAACGUCCGGAAUUCUUGGCCCCUGGCGAUCGAGUCUUGUUCCGGGAGGGUAAAACCAAGGGCUUGGGAAUCGUCAAGAGCGUCGGAUACGACCCGGAUCAUCCUCUUAACCCUGAAGCUAAAACUAAGUGACCAUUGGUUUGAGAUAUGCGGGAACUUGGUUGUGUCUUUAAUGCUAUUGUUAUGGAUCAGUUUAUGGUAUUUUGGUUUCAUUCUCGUGUCCCUGCAAUCAGCCGUGCUCUUUGUUUGGGCCUACUUUAGCUGCAUGUUGUUUCCCUCAUGGACCAUACAUGAAUAAAUGUGCCCAUGCAGGAUAGGCUGCUGCGUAUCCUUUCUGCUGGGUUAAGUUAUCGAUAGUCGUCAUACAUUUUACUG